CAGUGACGGGAUGAUUGACAGGUCAGUUUACAGCGAGGGUGCGUGUAACUAUGCGACAGAGCGUACUGACGCAGCUGUGUGACGUUCACGCGUCGCUACGGUCGAUAACGUAGAGCAUCAUGGCGGCGCCCCACUCCACCAUGAAAUUCUGGAAACCCGGCUCGGAGGCUCCAGGUGUGUGUGAGGAGAGGGACCUGAGCUCGGAGACCACCGGCUCCCCCAUCAUCUAUAACCCCCACACGGCGCUCUCCGUCGAGAAACAGAGGCAGAGGCUGCCCGUCUUCAAGCACAGAAACAACAUCCUGUAUCUGGUGGAGAGCUUCCAGACUGUGGUGAUUGUUGGAGAAACAGGAUCUGGAAAAAGCACACAAAUCCCACAGUACCUGCUGGAGGCGGGAUGGGCGGCGGACGGGAAGGUGAUCGGCGUGACUCAGCCGCGGCGAGUGGCUGCCACAUCUGUGGCCGGUCGCGUGGCGGAGGAGCGGGGGGCAUAUCUGGGGCAUGAGGUGGGCUACAGCAUCCGCUUCGAUGACUGCUCUGACCCGCACGCCACACGCAUUAAGUUUCUGACGGACGGGAUGUUGGUUCGGUGCUGUUUAUUGUCUGACCUGCUGCUGAAGAAGUACAGUGUGAUAAUGCUGGAUGAAGCUCACGAGCGAACGCUUUACACUGACAUCGCCAUCGGCCUCCUGAAGAAGAUUCAGAAGAAGCGCAGAGACCUGCGUUUGAUCGUAGCUUCAGCCACUUUGGAUGCCAAGAAAUUCCACGAUUUCUUCAACCUCAAUGAGUCUGGAGACCCAAAUAAAGACACCUGUGCGAUUCUGACGGUGGAGGGCCGAACGUUCCCUGUGGAUAUUUUCUACACUGUCAGUCCUGUGCCGGACUAUGUGAAGGCUACGGUGGAAACCGUGAUGAAGAUCCACGAGACGGAGGAGGAUGGAGAUGUGCUGGCCUUCCUCACAGGACAGGAGGAGGUGGAGAAGGUGGUGUCUAUGCUCCAGGAACAGGCCCGGACUUUGUCCCGUUACGGGAUGAAGAAGCACCUGUGUGUGCUGCCCAUGUACGCGGGCCUGCCCUAUAACGAGCAGAUGAGAGUGUUCGAGAGGAUGCCCCCUACUGUCAGAAAGGUGGUGGUCGCCACCAAUAUAGCCGAGACGUCCAUCACCAUUAACGGCAUGGUGUUUGUGAUCGACUGUGCGUUUGUGAAGCUGAGGGCGUAUAAUCCACUCACGGCGAUAGAGUCCCUGAUCGUUACGCCCAUCUCUAAAGCCUCCGCCUGCCAGAGAGCCGGGCGAGCCGGGAGAAACCGCGCAGGGAAGUGUUUCCGGCUCUACACAGAGGAGGACUUUGAGAAGUUGCCCGAGUCGACGGUUCCUGAGAUGCAGCGCUCGAAUCUGGCUCCGGUCAUCCUGCAGCUCAAAGCUCUGGGCAUUGACAACGUGCUACGAUUCAGCUUCCUGUCUCCUCCACCUGCUCAGUCCAUGGUCCAGGCCCUGGAGCUGCUCUACGCUCUCGGAGGUCUGGAUCAGUACGGCCGUCUCACGGACCCCAUGGGGGUGCGGAUGGCCGAGUUUCCCCUCAGCCCCAUGUUUGCCAAGAUGCUGCUGGAAUCAGGAAACUUCGGCUGCUCAAAGGAGAUCGUCACUAUAGCAGCCAUGAUGCAGAUACAGAACAUUUUUGUAGCGCCGCACAACCAGAAGAAAUCAGCUGCGCGGGAGCGCAGGAAGUUUGCUGUGGCUGAGGGCGAUCAUCUCACCAUGCUGAAUGUUUAUGAGGCUUUCAUAAAGCAUCAGAAGAGCUCUCAGUGGUGUCAGGAUCAUUUCCUCCACUACAAAGGGCUCCUCCGGGCCGUGGCUGUACGAGAGCAGCUGAGACACCUCCUCAACAAGUUCAAGGUGCCGCGGACCUCCAGUGAAGGUGAUCCGGAUGUGAUUCUCAGAUGUAUUGUGUCUGGUUUUUUUGCGAAUGCCGCCCGAAUGCAUCACUCCGGCUCUUACAGGACUCUCCGUGAUGACCGAGAGCUGUACAUUCACCCUGAUUCAGUGCUGUAUGGAGAAAAGCCCCCGAAAUGGGUGGUCUUCAACGAGGUGGUUCAGACCAGCAAGUACUACAUGCGUGACGUGACGGCGGUCGAGUCCUCCUGGCUGGUGGAGCUGGCGCCGCACUUCUACAAACAGGCCAAGCACGGGUCUCUGAGCAGCAAACGGGCCAAAGUCUUCUGAGCGGAGCGACAUUCACACUUCCAGGUUUUUGCUGAACAGCUGGCCGUAGAUAAAGGAAGAUCUCAAGAACCGCUCUAAACUAAAGGAGCUGUUACGUACACACGCACACUUGGGUGUUUAUUGCAGCUGGAAGGCAAAAGGAA